AUUUAUAAAAUACUUUUUUUAUUUCCUUCUUUCUUUAUCUUUAUGAUGUAUCUGUCUUCAUUAGCAAGUAUCAUCUUGCUUUACUGUCUUAUUAAGACAGUUUCUACAGAAUCGAUUGAAUUACGUCCCGAUAAUAUCAAACAACACAUCAGCUCUGGUACAUGGCUUAUUGAACACUUUUCUCCUUGGUGUCCUCAUUGUCAAAACUUUGCACCUCACUGGAAAAAAGCAACAGAAGAUUUACAAGCCUUGGCUGCUGAACAUGACUUUCACUUUGGUACGAUUGAUUGUUCAACACAAGGUGAUUUAUGCGAUGAACAUGAUGUAAUGGCCUAUCCUACUAUUCAACUUUGGGAACAAGGUGAAAAGAUAGAAAGAUACAUGGGUAAAGCAGACUAUGAUCCAGUAGUUGAAUAUGUCAAUGCAAAAAUCGAAGCAAAAAAAGUGGUUCAAAUGGAAGACGAAAAGGAAGAAGCAUUAGAACAAGCUGUUAUCAAUGAAGAACCUGAUAUUGAAGAAGAAGAGGAAGAAGAAGAAGAAGAAGAAUUAAGUGAACAAGAGAAAGAAGAAGAAGAAGUAGUUGCAGCAUUAGCUUUACCUAACCCAGAAGGUUUAUCUGUUAAUCUGGAUGGCCCUCAAUUAAAAGAAAUUGCUGCUGGUAAUACACCUUGGUUUAUCAAGUUUUAUGCACCUUGGUGUGGUCAUUGUAAAGCAUUGGCUCCUACCUGGACUGAAAUGGCUUCUCAACUUCAAGGACAAGUUCAUGUUGGUGAAGUCAAUUGUCAAUCCUUACCUGAUGUCUGUCAAGAAUACGGUGUUAAGGGGUUUCCUACACUUGAGAUGCUUGGUAAUGGAGAGCCUGUCUUGUUUCACAGUGACAGAUCCUUGGCUAGUUUAAUGGCAUUUGCUCUUUCUCAUUCUGGUCCUGCUGUUAAAAAGGUUGAUUUUAAUGAACUGAUUCAGCAUUUGGCAGUCAAAGAUGUAGCAGUUAUCUAUCUGUUUAACAAAGAAAAGGCAGACAUUCCUACAACCAUUGAAACAAUUGCCAAUCAAUACGCAUCCACACUUUCAUUCUAUGCGUCCAGUGAUGAGGCCUGUUUUAAAAAGUUCAGUGUCUCUCCUUCUGAUUUACCUGUCAUUCUGAUUGCCAAAGACAACAUGUACCAUAUCUAUGGCUCUCAUGAUUUCUCUAAUACGAAAUCAGCCCAAGAAGCACUGAUUCACUGGAUAGAAGAAGAACAAUACCCUUUGAUUACUAAGCUUGGUCCUCAGAAUGGAAUGCAAGUCUUACAGGGCCAUGUGCCUGUUGUGAUCAACUUGUUUGAUGCAGAAGACAAAACCAGUCAAUCCAAGUUUCGCAUGUUGGCCAGUGCUUGGAAUAAGCAGCAGCAUGAGACCAAGGUUAUUUUUGCUGAAAUGGAUCGAUCCAUGUGGAAAGACUAUGUUGCCUCUAAAUUCAAUAUUCAGCAUGAAACUAGUCCUAAAAUCUUUCUUUACCAAGACUAUGUGUAUUUUGAAAAAGAUGUACAUGGUCAAGUGUUUUCUUUGGAUGAUGCCCAAAGUAUCUAUGAUGCUCUUAACCACCUUGAUCAAUUACAAGGACAAUCUACUUUGGCAAUGCAUCAAAAACUAGGUGUUUCUGUUUCUCAUGGUCUGACAUGGAUGUCAACGCAUUGGUUGUUUAGUUUGUUCAGUUUGAGUAUCUUGAGUGGUCUUUUGUAUCGUUACUUGACCCAUCAUCGUCCUAAAGGUGCAAGUAUUCUACCUUCUUUUAGACAAACAGACCAUCAUAAAGAUUAAUAUGUUUAUUAUAU